AUGGAUCAUGAAACCGCAGGAGCUCAAGAAUGGAACCUACCAGGUUAUGGACGACCCUCACUGAAGAGCCGCCGAGUAGCAAGAGCUCAUGUGGUGACUAUCCAGCCACGCACAAGCUUUCCCAAGGGAAGUGCCCAGAAUGAGAUGCAGAGGAAGCAACAGGCCUCGCAAGCCGCAGGUACUACAGCUCCUGCGCCUAUUUCUGGACGUGCUAGGGGCGCACCGAAGAUAACAAGGGGACGCGGGCGGGCUAGACGGGCAUACUCCAAUGCCGCAGCGUCGCGCCAAUCCAGUAACCUUCUUCGAGAUUCAUCUGCUAAAUCAAAGUGGAGAGCUGGAGUUGAAUCUUCUGGCCCUCCUCAUCAAUCAUUAUGCCUAUCAUACAUUGCAUACAGAUUCCUUGGGGUAGCGAGAUCAACGAUUUCAGCGAAAACGCCCCUAACUACCCAAGGCGGUCUUGAAGUCUUCGAAGAUAUCAGUCAGAAAACAGGCGCCUAUAUAAAGCCUCCCACCUAUACUGACAAGGUUAUCCAGCUGUGGGGUGAACCAUUAGAAGUGGCUGCGGCCAAAGAAAUACUCCAAAGGCUCAUUGACAAAUGCAAUAGCUUUUCACUGUCACACAAAAAGAAAGCGGAAUGGGCUAAGAUCAAUUCCUAUUCUAUAAACAAAGAAAUGGGCGUUGACUUAAAGGAAAGACGUGAAAAUAUGGUACUAGUUCUGAGAAAGGAACCUGAAUUAGUUGCAGCUUUUCCAGAACAGCUUUUUUUUUUGUGGCCAAAAGAUGGGCCACCGAUCAAAGAGUCCCUUGGAGGACAACUCGAGGCUCUCGAUAUAAUUCGAGCGAAGUUUGGCUGCCAUCUUUUCCUUGCAAGGGACCUGCCGGACUGCAUAUGCGCUCUUGGUCAUAGCCAUGAUGCUAUGAAGCAGAUUGUACAGCUUCUUAGGAACAAAUGGGGCGAGGUCAUCACCAACGGCCAUGUUAAGUCGAAGGUCUACAUUGUUGAGCCUCCGAUAAACUUGAGAGAAAUGGUCGUCGUGGAGAAAAACACUCUCUUUGCGAAGGCCUUUCUCGUUGGGAACAGGGUGAAAGGCGUUCAGGCAAAGCAGUGGCAGAGUCGAGGGGCUUUGAUACAGACGAAGAACAAUGUGCGCAUCUUGGGCGCUCUGUCACGCUCCUUGCAUGGUGUGUCAUUUGUCCGUGGACAUUUACGUAUGCGUGUCAACCUCGGUUCUUUCGUAUUUGACCAGUACCGUGUUGCUAAGGAUGGCAAACCUUCGUAUGGCUUUGAGGAUUUUAGAGAGAUGAUGUUGCAUGAGCAGACCAGGGGCCGUUUGAUUCCAGGGUUGCGGGUUGGUCAAGGUGAACUGCUGGCCAGGUGUUUCAGUGCUACCGAUAUUCUUGAACCCUACGAAAGCACGUCCGGUUCUCUGAAAGAUGCCGAGCCAGCAUAUUCCGUUAAUUUCGAGUUCUCGGGUUCAAACAAUGCCCUCCUUCGUCUCGAAGCGGAGUUUGCGAGAAGUCCAGGCGCUCAAGACCAUGAAAUUACUCAACGGCGAUGGCUUCGACCUCGCCGGAGUGGCCAGUUUAGCGAUAAGAAGCCUCUCCUCCAGAUUGGGGUCAUUGAUUUCGAAAGAGCGGACUGGCAGCUUGAGAUUAAGUCUUUGGAGUUCUAUGAGACAUCUUCCAUCGACACUGCCUUGAAAUCGUUCUCGCACUCUAUUGGCUUUCGGUGCACCACAACCAUAGGUGACAUCUCUGCGAAGCCUCGAAGGAAGGUGAUCUUCCCGGAUUCAGCGCCAGUGUCCAGAUUUGUAGAGAAAACCGCCAUCCGAUAUCGGCUUAAAGGAACCAAGUACAUAUUGGAAAUCGCGAGGUAUGAUGAAUACACCCGCUCAAAAUUGGAUGCUUCCCAGGGAUUAGCUCCAGCACCUAUUCCAGUGACUGGUGAAAUCUGUGCGGUCCCUUCCACUUCCUGGGGCGCAUCUAUAUUCAGCUCAAAUUGGGAUAACUUGAUGGGAGAGCAAGCAAACCUGUCUGUUGGACAUUCCGCACGGUACAACCCAGGUCUUGAUACAUUCUUCGCGCCGAAGAAAUCAUCAGAGCCUAACGACAAGAGCGUGGGUUUCUGGGAGUUUGUUGGUUUGGUGAAGCGAGUUGCGGAGAUUCUUGGCCCAGCGCGGGCUUCCUCCAGCUCAGAGAACACUGCUAGCAAGAUUGCGGUAAACACUGAGCCCUCUGCGAUGAUAUCUGAUGCAACCAAAAGCCAGAUACCAUCGAAUGGAUCAUCGCCCAAGGUUGAGGUUAAGGGUCUUACUGGGCUAUUGGAUGCUGACCUCGGUACUUUGUUCUAAACAGAUGGGAUUGAUCUCUACGGGAGCACUGCUGAAUAACUCAAGAACGUAGCCAACGAUAUCAUUGCUUAGCAGCCAACGGUACAGGACCGUCUUGUCUUUCUCGUUGCAAUCUCCUGCUUGAGAUCCCCUCGUUAUGCAACUCAAUGUUUGUUGAUCAAACAUACGCUUGAAUUUGUCUUACAUCUAUGCAAAAGCCUUGAAGUGUUGGAUGCUGCCCAACCGCGAAGCAGGUGAUCCAAGCAUACAUGCGAGAUGACUGAUUAUUUGCCUUUGCCAACACUU